ACAUACAUUUCAGAGUCUAUUUAACUGUCAGGGCUGCACUGGAGUCGUGCGUGAGAUACACUUCUGAGAGCUGCCGCCCCAACGGCCGACGAGUGUCUCAUCAUUUACCUUGAGGGAGCGCUUGAAACAUGACAGCGUUUUAUAUAUAUUAUAUGUGAACAAAACUUAAUAUAAAUACGUUAUUAGCAUAAAUCGUUCUAACAGUAAGUAACAAUGCGGCAAGCAACACGGAUCAGCAUCAACAACAGCGGCUUCAGAGGCUUUAAGUGGUUAGUUGCGUUGUUGUUAGUAGCUUCACACUCAACAGCCGCCCAAUAUGCGUCAUCGGGCUAUAACGGUCAGUUUGUUGGCUAUAAUCAGCAACAGGCCCAGCAGCCUCUAUGGAGUGGCUAUCCGGACGCACCACUGACCUAUACUCGGACUUAUCCUGCUGCGGUGCAGUCCGUGUGGUCCGGUGCGCCAAUUGUUGUACAUGAUGGAGCGAAUGGCCUGGAGCAGGAGCAGCAGCAGCAGCAACGUCAGUAUUUGCCAUUUAAUUACGACAACAAUAGAGAUACCUUUGCCAAUGUGGAGUCGGACAGGAGGAGCCGCAAUUGGUUGAACAGCAACAACAUCAAUAACGUGCCGCCCACACGCGCUGCCAAUCACAAUUACAACAAUGAACAUUUUUACUACACACAACCGCAGAUCCAGCCAGAACUGGAGCAACGUGAGCUGCUUGCCGGGGCUGAUUCCCGACGCGGGGAGGAUCAAAUCGUUCGAAUCGGCGGCAGUCGCUCUCUGGCCAACAACAACAACAACAACAACUACGGAUACUAUGAGCCGGCUCAGCCACUUGGUCAUCGCGAGUUUAAGGCGAAAUAUGAAAAACAUUACGCGGACUACUUGCGUAAAUAUCCGCAAAGAUUGUUGCCAUUUUAUAGCACAUUUGUUGACAAGUGAUUCGCAAUUGGGUCAACAAAUCGAAAUAAAUUCCUGUGUCAACUGAAUACGUCCCGAAUGUGCCAAAAACAUGCAAUACUUAUUUGCUUUCUGGGCGUGUGCCAAGAAUCUUUAUAAUUGCGGCCAGAAAAAUACUCUAAUAUGUAUAUAUAAAUGUAAAUAUUGAUCUACAUAAUCAGCUAUCUCACGUAAAAGAAAAACCCUUCCGAGCCGUGUUCGCUUUGCGAGAGGCAUCACUGUAGCUGAACAGUCGACGCUUAAUCUGUUUAACGAAUUCAGUCAAUAACAUUUGUAGCAUACUUUGAGGCACACUCUUAAAUGGCGAAAUAAACGGGAACACCCCGAGCAACAAUA